GGCGAAUAUGUAUCUGGUGUCGACGGCAAAAACCACGAUCCUCACGGAUUUUAAUAAUUUGGAGAAUAAAUCCACCUAUCAACAUUCCAAUGGUGAAAAUACAGAUUUUCAAUUUUAUGCCCAACAAAGAAUCUUUGUGGAAGUGAAUAAAAAAUCCGGGUUGGAAAUAAUGCGCGUCAAGGAGAGGGCGCCAAAGAUCGAUUUGCAGCGUGUCCGCAAGUUAACCAUCGACAAUGUCUAUUGUGUGGCCUGUGCCAAACAAUCAAUGGAGGAAAUGGCUGUCGGCUUAUCAAAUGGUCAGGUGAAACUUUAUAAUUAUCACAAGUCGGAAUUUGUGCAUAAAUUUAGUGCUGAUUCCAAUCGCAACUCUGUCUUGUAUUUGGACUACAAUGCCUCUGAUGAGUAUAUAGCCUCAGUGUUUGAAAAUGGAUUGAUUAAUAUAUAUGGCCAAAGGACUAAAACCAAAAUUGAUUCUUUUAACAUUGAUAGCAAUUCCACAUUGGCUCGUUUCCAUCCCACCAAACGUUUUCAAUUAUCCAUUGCUUCGUAUAAAGGUGCCGUUACAAUUUACGAUGUUCACACUAAACGUAAAGUUUUUCAUGCCGCCGAUGCUCAUGGGGCACAGUGCCGUGACUUGUGUAUGUCUCCCGCAAGUCCUGAUACUCUAAUAAGUGUUGGCUAUGAUUGUGUUAUAAAUAUUUUUGAUACACGGCGUAAAGUUAAACCCUUACAGCUGGCCUAUUGUCAUCCAUUGUCCACUGUGGCGGCAAGUGAAUGUGGCAAUUAUAUGUGUGUGGGUAAUUUAAAGGGGGAACUUACAACAUACGAUUUGAGAAAUACCAAGGCAUAUUUAUCAUCGAAGAAGAUACAUGAUGGGGGAGUCACCAGAGUUGCUUUCGUGCCAAUGCCAGGUGAUAAUUCGGGACAAAGUUUCUCUAGUUCCAGUGUUGGAGAAACUUCGGGAAUAGCAACGGGGGGAACUGCCAAUAAGUCUGUGGCCCCCAAUGCUGCUGAGAAUACACGUUCACAUCGUGAUUCGUUUUGUGAUUUUCUAGAUUUCCAUGCAAAUCGUGGCCAAGAGAAAAUGUCACCGCGUUUUGUACCACGUCGUGAUAGUUUUGAUUGGGAGGCAUUGUCGCGUAAACCCACCUCCGAUGAAAGUCGUUUAUCUUUGAUUGGUAAAAUUGGUGGAAUUGCUGGCAGUGGAGUUCCUAAUAUUUCCAUCACACCAAGUGACUCCUUCGAUGCUCGCGUCAAUACAUCUGAUUUUCUUAAAGCCCCCCUUAGAGAUCAAAGUAAGUCACCAAUAUCACCACUUGCUGGGAAAUUGUCACAAAUAAAGGAAGAAGAAAAAGGAAAUCAAGAAUCCUCAAGUCAUGAAUCUUCCGUUGAGGGAGAAUCGGAUAAGGAGAAUCCCCAAACUGAUUUGCAAUUUAUGCCACAAUCACGACUAAAGGCAUUGCCGGCGAAUUUCAACAGCACGCCCAAUCGUAAUUCAAUGGACGGUAUUUUAACAGCAUCCAAUCGCCCAUUGUUAACUUCGACGGUGGGACCAGCCAAUCGGAAGCAAGCAACCACACCGCUUAGUAUCAAUGAUUCGAUGAGUGUACAGCAAGCUGUCAACGAUUUACGCAAUGAAAUGCUGGAACGUUUCAGUCAAUUGGAAUUUGAAAUAAAAUUACAAAACGAAACAAAUAAAUGGCAAAUCUUCACUCAGAAUUUUAAUUUAUGGAAUCAACGUUCCGAAGAAAUUGAGGAGAUACGAGAUUGCUUGGGUGUUCUGCUACAAACCGAUCCUUUUGUUAAUGAAUUUUUACGCCUCAAGGAAGAAAAUGAAAUGUUGAAAUUGCAGCUAUUACAGCAGUCAAAUAGAAAUGAGUAG